AAAACCGGUUGCAUCUCUUUCCUCAUUGAGAAAAAACAGGAUUUAAAAUUAUUUGAGAAACACUUCGAUGGUCCAUUUUGGCGAGAUAUUUGGUAUUUAAAAACAAGAUAUCAUUUAACAAGGUUACUAUAAUCGCUUCGUUAAGAAGCGAACGAAGACGCCCGAGAUGUCGGCAAGUGCCGUAUAUGUGUUAGAUCUCAAAGGCAAGGUGCUGAUCUGCCGUAACUACCGCGGCGAUGUGGACAUGUCUGAGAUCGAGCACUUCAUGACCCUGCUAAUGGAUAAGGAGGAGGAGGGCACACUCUCGCCCAUCCUGGCCCACGGAGCAGUGCGUUUCAUGUGGAUCAAGCACAACAACCUCUACCUUGUUGCUACGUCGAAAAAGAAUGCUUGUGUUUCACUGGUCUUCUCCUUCCUCUACAAGAUUGUGCAGGUGUUCUCAGAGUACUUCAAGGAGCUGGAGGAGGAGAGCAUCAGGGAUAACUUUGUCAUCAUCUACGAGCUGCUGGACGAGCUCAUGGACUUUGGCUACCCGCAGACCACAGACAGCAAAAUCCUGCAGGAAUACAUCACUCAGGAGGGGCACAAGCUGGACACGGGGGCUCCCCGCCCCCCCGCCACUGUCACCAACGCCGUCUCCUGGAGGUCAGAGGGCAUCAAGUACAGGAAGAACGAGGUGUUCCUGGACGUCAUCGAGUCGGUCAACCUGCUGGUGAGCGCCAAUGGCAACGUGCUCCGCAGCGAGAUCGUGGGCUCCAUCAAAAUGCGCGUGUUCCUGUCCGGCAUGCCAGAACUGCGUCUGGGCCUCAACGACAAGGUUCUCUUUGAGAACACUGGCCGUGGUAAGAGUAAGUCCGUGGAGCUUGAGGAUGUGAAGUUCCACCAGUGUGUGCGUCUGUCUCGCUUUGAGAACGACCGCACCAUCUCCUUCAUCCCACCUGACGGCGAGUUUGAGCUCAUGUCGUAUCGACUCAACACGCACGUGAAGCCUCUGAUCUGGAUUGAGUCUGUGAUUGAGAAACACUCCCAUAGCAGAAUCGAGUACAUGAUCAAGGCGAAGAGCCAGUUUAAGAGGCGCUCGACCGCCAACAAUGUCGAGAUCCACAUUCCCGUGCCCACCGAUGCCGACUCGCCCAAGUUCAAGACCACGGUGGGCAGCGUGAAGUGGGUACCAGAGAACAGUGAGAUUGUUUGGUCCAUCAAGUCCUUCCCUGGUGGGAAGGAGUACCUGAUGCGGGCUCACUUUGGCCUGCCCAGUGUGGAGGCUGAGGAUAAGGAGGGGAAGCCGCCCAUCAGCGUGAAGUUUGAGAUCCCCUACUUCACCACCUCUGGCAUCCAGGUGCGUUACCUGAAGAUCAUUGAGAAAAGUGGUUACCAGGCCUUACCGUGGGUGCGCUACAUCACCCAGAAUGGGGACUACCAGCUCAGGACCCAGUAGAGGAGAGAUGCGGAUCACCGUCCCUCAUUCAUCAUCAAGGGCCGUCAACAAAAAGAGAAUGAGAGAGAGAGAGAGAGAGAGAGAGAGAGAGAGAGAGAGAGAGAGAGAGAGAGAGAGAGAGAACCCCCAGUCCCAGUUUUUCCACGGACCACCAGUGUCUUUAUUGUGAGUGCGUGUGUGUGUGUGUGUGUGUGCGUGUGUGCGUGUCUGGCUGUGUGAGAGAGAAAGUAGGGGUGAGCAUGUCUGUGUGAGUCAGAUCAUGUUCAUUUCAGAAUCAAUGCAAAACAAGAGGUUUACUUAAACAAACAAACAAACAACAAAAACCCCAUCUUAAUCUCCGCUGCAAACCCACUAGCAGGCCAGUUGUUCAUGAAGGAGGGGGGACUAUUUGACGGUUAAAGAAAUCACACAUAGCUUGGCCAAAACCUCCGUUAUGUUAUAUUAGUCACUAACAUGACCGUCUUUGUAGGUUAGCUGUUACAGAGAAGCUGUGUGUAGGGAGGUCAACAAGUCAUUUCCGCUCGCACGCUCAGUCAUCAUCAGUGUCAUUGAAAGGUCAAUAUUUUUUCAGUAUUUUUUAUUUUUUGUAAUCAGUAUUUUUACCCAACCAUAUUCUACAGUAUGUCAAACAGUUUCAGUGUUGGUAUUUAUUGUUUCUUUUGUGUUUGUGUUUUUUUUUUUCUUGUCCGUAUUCAAUUCAGUAUUGCCAGGACUGUAUUGAAGGUGAAUGUUCAAACCACUGUUGCUGUUUUAGUCUUCAGUUUACAGCGAGGUGGAGAGACGUCAUGACUGUCUACACUUAGAAUGCUGUUAGUCCGAUGUUUGUUCGCUUUAGAGCUCUUUGUGCCAUGUCGAAGCAGGUUAUCGCUUUGCUUAAGCUAGCACUUAAUCUUUCACUCCUAUCAACAGGCCUGCAUGUAAUAUUUGAUGCCAUUCUUAUGAUUUGACCAUGGAUAAAAAGUUGUACGCUUUUUUAUGUUCUAUGAAAUGACACUUAGUAAGCCAAAAGAAAAAUACAAUAAAGUUCGCAGUGUUGCCAUGAUUUAACUCCCCUUUUUAAAGAUGGCCAUGAGUGGAAGUUUUAGGGUACAGUGCUGUCAGUUAAAUUCCUAUAAACUUCCUCCCACAUCUCUCAAACAGUGAUCUGUCUUUACUCUGGAAAUCAUAUAAAGUACCUCUUUUGAAAACAA